CACGACGCGGGAGCAAGCGAGACGGCUAUAAAUACCACAGGCGUGUGGCGAAAUAAGAUCAAACUUGUCAGACACGUUGAGUUCCUGGAGUCUCGGAAAGGAUAUAAAGUUUAUACACAUCUCCAACUUGUCUCCACUCUACGCUUGAAACCAAAAUGCCAACCGACCCGAUGGAGAAAGUCACCGCGUCCCCCAUCGCCGGCGCCCCGGCCAGUGGAGCUCAAACACCGGACAAACCAAAAAACGCCAGCGAGCACAGAAAGUCCUCGAAGCCCAUCAUGGAGAAGCGACGCCGAGCGCGGAUCAACGAAAGCCUGGGGCAGCUGAAGACGCUCAUCCUGGACGCCCUUAAGAAAGACAGCUCCAGACACUCAAAGUUGGAGAAAGCCGACAUUCUGGAGAUGACCGUGAAACACCUGAGGAACCUGCAGCGGGCCCAAAUCACCGCGCACGCCGCCGAAGCGCACGUGCUGAGUAAAUACCGAGCUGGUUUCAGCGAGUGCAUGAACGAGGUGACGCGAUUCCUGUCCGGCUGCGAAGGGGUGAAUGCCGAGGUAAAGGCGCGGCUCCUCGCCCACCUGUCCGGCUGCCUCGGACAGAUGAUGGUUGCCAUGGGUUACCCGCAGCCGGGCGCUGCCGCGCUGCAGCAGCACGUGAGCCUCGCGCAGCCCCUGAACGUGCAGCUGCCCGUGAGCGGCGUGCCCGUGUCGUGCAAGCUGAGCCCAGCCGAAGCACUGUCGCCCACCAAGGUCUACGGGGGCUUUCAGUUCGUCCCCGCCACCGACGGACAGUUCGCCUUCCUCAUCCCCGCUCCGAGCUCAGUCCUACCGGUGUACGCCAAUUCGACGACGGUAGCGGUCCCAGUGAGCGGCAGUUCGUCCCCAGCAGGCGCGCCGCCGGUCCAGGGCCUCACGUGUUUCACGGCAGUCGCGCGGAAUCGAAGUCCAGUCGGCGGGAUGGUGGGGUCCGAGAUCGCCGACAACGUGUGGCGGCCUUGGUAGGCGAGCUGAGGCAAUGGUGACUUUCUCGAAAGACAUUAUUUUAAUGAAAGAGGUUGAGCUCCGUUUUAAGGAGCGAAAUUUUCACCUUCUGCUGGACAGGACAUUCAUUGCUUUGGCUUUUAUUUAUUUAGCUGAUUCCAAAAUUUGGAUGUUGGUGAUAAAUGUAAAUCUCAUUUUUUGAGGGAACAGAGUCAUGUAUAUUUUGAAGUUCUGCUUUUCUGAAAGUUUUGUACACUUGUGAGUUGUUACAUGCCAAAAUUGAUGUCUUUUUAUAUUACGUAUCGGUUUGUGUUAAAAAAGUUAAGUGGAGACUGGAAAUAAAAGACGGGUGAAA